ACGCACUGAGUAGCCAAGGUAAUAGACAUUUGGACAUUUGUCAGUGCGGUGCCAGACAUCAUCCUCUCUGAAGGCUGUUUGUGCUCCUCCCUCCUCUACGUUUGAUGCUAAUUGAAGGGAGGGGGAGUGUAUAACGUAUUUCUCUGUCAACUCAACGUUUAGCUGCGCCACUGUUUCUGUCACGAACAGUCAAAAGAUCCACCCACUCGCGACGUUUUUUGGAGCGAGUAAUAUAAAGCUUAUUGUAAAAUAUUUAGUGGCAGGCCUAUGCUAUAGGACUUUAUGGUGUUUCUUUUUUUUUUAAAUGAAGUAACUACGAAAAAUUGUAGGCGUAUCUAGGAACCAGUCCAAAUCACACAAAAGGAGCGGAACAAGGAUAUCCACUUUCUCAGACUUGCUGGGAAAGCAGGUUAUUUGAGGACCAAACGACAGACCAUGGAAGAUAGCCCUCAGCGGGCCGUGCAAGGCCUGGGCUCCUUCCCGUGGUAUGUGGGGGGGACUCAGGUUCUGGGCCUGGCCUGUGUGGUGAUCACGGGCGUGUGGAUGGGCAGCUAUCACGGAGGCUACGCCUGGGAUGGUUCGGGACAGGAGUUCAAUGUACAUCCCCUCUGCAUGGUCCUGGGCCUGGUCUUUCUCUAUGGAGAUGCGAUCCUGGUUUACAGAGUAUUUAGGAAUGAAAGCAAACGCAACGUCAAGGUUCUCCAUGCUGUGCUCCACCUUCUCGCCCUCAUUAUCAGCAUAGUGGGUAUCGUGGCUGUGUUUGACUUCCAUAAUCAUAACAAGAUCCCCAACAUGUACUCCCUUCACAGCUGGUGUGGCAUGCUCACCUUUGUUCUCUUCUGUGUACAGUGGCUGAUGGGGCUUGGUUUCUUCCUCUUCCCUGGGACGUUAAUGGCGCUGCGGAGCUGGUACCUGCCACUACAUGUUUUCUUUGGCCUGGCCAUGCUCGCCAUGUCCCUAGCCACCUGCCUACUGGGCAUUUCAGAGAAAUUGUUCUUCAGUAUCCAACACACAUAUUCACAGUUUGCUCCAGAGGGGAUCCUUGGUAACAUGCUAGGACUGCUGCUAGUAGCAUUUGGGAUUCUGGUAGGCUACGUGAUGACACGGGAGGACUUCAGGAGACCCCCGCACCCAGAGGAAGAGGCUUUAUCUGUGCACUUUAAGACCCUGACUGAGGGGCGAGGGAGCCCCACCUCACCUUAAACCAGGAAACACUCCUGUGUGCUCAGGCUUUUAUUUAAAACAUUAAACUUUUUUUUUUUUUUAAG